GCUGCACAUCUCUGCCCCACCAAAACAAGCAACACAUUUAUGUUUAUUGAUUGAUCUUGUUUCCUCUUAAAAUUCAUCUCAAAUCCGUUUAAAACCAAGUCCAAACACCAAAUUAACACACUUUCAGAAUGGCCGCCGAUGUAAAAGCGCAGCCAAUUGAGACUGUGGAGUCUUUGAUGAAGGAAGCAGAAACAUUAAAGCAAAAACUGGAAGAUGAACGCCAGAAACUUAACGAUGUCACAUUGGCUUCUGUGGCUGAGAGGUUGGAAAUCAUCAAUUACAUGAAUAUCAAACCAAGGAGGACUCUAAAGGGCCACCAAGCUAAAGUCUUGUGUUCAGAUUGGUCUCCAGAUAAAAGACACAUUGUUUCAUCUUCCCAGGAUGGUAAGAUGAUUAUUUGGGAUGCUUUCACCACUAACAAGGAGCAUGCAGUUACCAUGCCCACAACAUGGGUGAUGGCAUGUGCUUAUGCCCCUUCUGGUAACUUGGUAGCUUGUGGUGGUUUGGACAACAAAGUUACUGUUUACCCUUUGAGUCUUGAUGAAGAUGUUACUCUCAAGAAGAAAACAGUGGGCACACAUACCAGUUACAUGAGCUGUUGUAUUUUUCCCAACUCAGAUCAGCAAAUACUCACUGGUAGUGGUGACUCAACUUGUGCCCUGUGGGAUGUUGAAUCAGGGCAGUUAUUACAAAAUUUCCACGGGCAUUCGGCCGAUGUGAUGGCAAUUGAUUUGGCACCAUCAGAAACCGGAAAUACAUUCGUCUCAGGGAGCUGUGACAAAUUGGUUUUGAUAUGGGACAUGCGUUCAGGUCAAUGUGUGCAAUCGUUUGAAGGGCACGAGUCGGAUGUGAACAGCGUGAAGUUCCACCCGAGCGGCGAUGCUGUCGCAACAGGAAGUGACGAUUCAACAUGUAGACUCUUCGAUCUGCGAGCCGACAAAGAGGUCGCCAUUUACAGCAAGGAAAGUAUUAUUUUUGGCGUGAACAGCGUGGACUUUUCAGUCUCUGGCAGACUCCUGUUCUCCGGUUACAAUGAUUAUACCGUGAGUGUUUGGGAUACGCUAAAGUGCGAACGCAUGUGUCUACUAUAUGGGCACGAGAAUCGUGUUUCCUGUUUACAAGUCAGUCCGGAUGGGACAGCACUCUCAACUGGAUCUUGGGACUACACCCUAAGAGUGUGGGCUUAAUUUUAUUCAGCGCAUUGUUAACGCAACGUACCAAAUAUUAGACGUUUAAAUUAUAUAGCAUCACUUACCGAUGUUUCCUCGACGCUUGGAGCUGACACCACUGACUAACGCUCGUGGAUCACUUCUGGCACUCUGAACUUGCAUUUUGCAUUGUCAGUCAUGUAGCUCUAGGUCAAGAUGAUGUUCUGUUGAUAGCCAUUCAUGUUCAUGUUUAUGAUAAGAAAAUUCAAAAAAAUAUAAAUGUUGAAUCCUGUAAA